AGAUAUAUAAAUAGCUACAACUUUAAAUUACAACAAAUACAACUUAAAAAAUUAAUUUGUAAAAGUGUUAAUGAGCAAUUUACUAAUUUAUUAUUGGUUAGCUUUUAAAAUGGUAUUUAAUUAUCAUCCUUUAUUUAUUUAUAGUUAGCUAUGCUCAGAUCAAAAGAAUUUGAAACAACUUUGAUUUCAUGUCCUCACAAGUUACGGCAACCCAACCUCCACCGCGAAGCUAUAAAGGGUUAUUGUAUUUGGAUGGCUAACUUCCGAACUUGAUCCCAAAAAUAACUCUCAUUUUCCCUUAAAUUUUCUGCUUGGAGAAUCUACUUUUUCACAAUUUCAUCUCACAAUUCAACUAUGGCCUUCACAAAACCCACCAUCCUUCCUCUUAUUUUUGCAACCUUCAUCAUCUGUUUCUGCUCUUUUUCUUCAUUGGCUGAGCUUCAACGUUUCCAGCAGCCAUUGAAAUCUGAUGGUUCUCUUAGCUUCUUGGUGAUUGGAGAUUGGGGAAGAAGAGGACUUUUCAACCAAUCUGAAGUUGCUUCACAGAUGGGAGUAAUUGGAGAGGAACUAGACAUAGAUUUUGUGAUAUCUACUGGAGAUAAUUUUUAUGAAGAUGGCUUGACAGGAAUUGAUGAUCCAAAUUUUUAUGAGUCUUUUACUAAUAUCUACACAGCCCCAAGCUUGCAAAAGCAAUGGUACAGUGUAUUGGGUAACCAUGAUUACAGAGGUGAUGUUGAAGCACAGUUGAAUCCAAUCCUCACACAAAAGGAUAGCAGAUGGCUUUGCAUGAGGUCAUUUAUAGUCAAUGCAGAAAUUGUUGAAAUUUUCUUUGUGGACACAUCUCCAUUUGUGAAUGACUACUUCACAAACCCAGAACAUAACUAUGACUGGAAAGGUAUUUCUCCUAGGGAGACUUACCUUGCAAAUCUGUUGAAGGAUGUGGAUGCAGCACUGAGCAGCUCCACUGCAAAAUGGAAACUUGUUGUAGGUCACCAUGCCAUCUUAAGUGCAGGACACCAUGGAAUCACAGUAGAGCUUCUACAGCAGCUUGUUCCAAUUCUACAGGAACAUAAUGUUGAUGCUUACAUAAACGGGCAUGAUCACUGUAUCCAACAUAUCAGCAGCAAGCACAGCAACAUUCAAUUCAUAACAAGUGGAGGCGGCUCAAAGGCCUGGAGGGGUGAUAUAAGGAAGUGGGAUCCAGAGGAAUUGAAGUUAUAUUAUGAUGGCCAAGGAUUUAUGUCAGUGCAAAUGACCGACUCCACGGCCACUUUUGCAUUCUAUGAUGCCUUUGGCAGUGUUUUGCACCAAUGGAGCAUAUCCAAAGAGAGUCACUCAGCUGCAUAAAGAUGCAAGAAUCGA